GAUUACUAGUUAGCAGGUAAGGGGGUAAAUAUUCCAGUGGAUACGAGCUUGGGCUCUUUUCUUGAAGCUUUCUUUCUAUCAAAGGCAUUUGCUGAUAUUGCUGACGUUGAAACAUUAAAAGAAAAUCUGAGAAGCAAUGUGCAUCCUGAAGCUGCAAGUAUUUCUCAUCGUGCUCUCUGUUGCAUUAAACCAUCUGAAAGCUACACCCAUUGAAAGUCAUCAGGUGGAAAAGCGGAAAUGCAACACUGCCACGUGUGCAACGCAGCGCCUGGCAAAUUUUUUAGUUCGUUCCAGCAACAACUUUGGUUCCAUUCUCUCAUCUACCAACGUGGGAUCCAAUACAUAUGGCAAGAGGAAUGCAUUAAAGAGAGAGCCACUGAAUUACUUGCCCCUUUAGAGGACAAUGUAACUCUAUAGUUAUUGUUUUAUGUUCUAGAGAUUUCCUGUAUAAUUUAACACUGCCUUUUUCAUUUCCAGUGUGAAUAUAUGGUCUGUGUAUCUGAUGUUUGUUGCCAGGACAUACACAUUGUCAAAAGAUUGUUUUAUAUACAGUACUAAGGUCCCAUAAUAAAAAGAUAGUAUCUUUUAAAAUGAAAUGUUUUUGCUAUAGAUUUUUAUUUUAAAGCAUAAAAAAAUCAUUUUGGGACCUAUAUCUCAGUGUCACAGGUUUAAGAACAAAGGAGAAAACAGUAGUUUGAACCUCAGUAAAUUGUAAACAGCUAAUAAUAAAGUUAUUAUUCUUAACAUUAGAAAAUUAGUAAUUGGGCUGGGCGCGGUGGUUCACAGCUGUAAUACCAGCACUUUGGGAGGCCGAGGUGGGCAGAUCACGAAGUCAGGAGUUCGACACCAGCCUGACCAACAUGGUGAAACCCUGUCUCUACUAAAAAUACAAAAAUUGGCUGGGCGUGGUGGCACGUGCCUGUAAUCCCAGCUCUUCAGGAGGCUGAGGCAGGAGAAUCACUUGAACCCAGGAGGGAGAGGUUGCAGUGAGCCGAGAUUGCGCCACUGCACUCCAGCCUAAGCGACAGGGCAAGACUCCGACUCAAAUUAAAAAAAAGAAAGAAAGAAAGAAAAUUAGUAAUUGUAAGUACCCCUGUUAAGCAAAUUAGUAAUUUUAAGUACCCAUGUUAAGCAAUUCCUUUUUGCAGAUUUCUGAAAUGAUAGGAUGCUGUUUUAAAAACAAAGAAAAUCCUGCUCCUGACACAGUCAAAAUAUUUUUUAAAGUCCAUUGUUUCUUGUGCUUGCUGGUACUAAGAGGCUAUUUAAAAAUACAAAACCACUUUGUAUCCAUGAGGGUUUCAUUGUGUGCUAGCAGCAGUGAGCUUCUAUUAAAUGUAUAUGCCCUUUAUUCUGUUUAAGUGGUUUUCAGCAAACCUCAAUCACAUUUUUAUGCAGGGUAUUGCAAAACAACUUGUGUUCUAUUAAUCGUGUCUUCAAUUAAAAGACCACAGAUGUCUAGAAACUAUUUGCUGUAUAGGAAUUAUUUCCUUUGUUUAAUAAAUUGGACAUUUCUGGCA